UCCGAUAUUAAUUUUAAUCAUCACGUACCUACAUAAAGGUCCAGUGGUGUGUCUAACCUUUUUUUUUGUGGUUGUUUUUCUUUUCUUCCACUUACUGUCUUUACUCCCCCCUGGGCCUCUCAAGUUCCACCUCAAAACAUGGUAGCCGGCGAUGUAGCCACCGUCGCGACGGUAUACGGUGCGAUCUUUCUAGGCACUUGCAUUGGCUGCGGCCUCACCGGUAUUGUGUUCGUGCAAACCGUCUUGUAUUUCAAAUUCUACCCCUCGGAUUGCACUCAAAAUAAAAUUUUGGUCUUGAUCGUCUGGGGACUGGACAUGAUGCACACAAUUCUCAUCAUCGUCUCCGUCUGGGAAUGCGUUAUCGUUAAUUUCAACAAACCAGAAAUGAUGGAUGUCAUCCCAAGGUCCUUAGGUCUUUCUGUAGCCAUAACUGCCGCGGUUACCUUCCUCGUCCACUGUUUCUUCGCGAACAGAGUUCGUAAACUGACAAAGAAAUGGUAUUUCGCUGCGCCCCUUGUCUUCUUGGCAUUUUUGCGUCUUCUCGCUGCAUGUGUUUCAACAACCGAAAUCUUGCGACUUCGCCACUACUCGCUAUUCAUCAAGCCAUUCCCAUCAUGGGUGUUCACUACCGGUGUCACCCUAUCUGCAUCUGUGGAAUUCAUCAUAACCGUGGUCAUGGUCACAUUCCUCGGACGGAGUCGCACUGGUUUCGCAACAAUGAACCACAUCAUCAACUCAUUAAUCUUGUAUACACUCGAGACUGGAAGUUUUACUUGCGCUGUCACAAUCGCAUCCCUCAUUUGCUGGAUGGUUAUGCGACAUAACUUGAUCUUCCUCGGAAUGCACUUCGCCAUCUCGAAGCUGUAUGCCAAUUCCCUUCUCGCCACACUAAACACACGCAAGCGCUUGCGUUCAGACCAUACCUUCUCGAGUCAGCGCGAGGCCGAUGUGUACCCUGCCUCGAUGAACAUUCACAAAUCAUCGCAACGUAUCUUGGGUCCUUUCUCACCUAACAAGAAUGCACACUUGAACGUCAAUGUGGAGACCACCGUCGUGUCUGUCAUUGAUGAGCCUUGCGAUGACUACGACAUGGUAGACAUCGAAUCCAAAGGCUGCGACACCGCAUGCGGAACAGAGAAGGACAGUAAGGAGUUUCUACAUUAAUCCAUGCUUCCUGUCUCCAGUCCAUGAGCCCCAAUCCUCAGGCUCCUCACUCGGCAGGCCCAGCCACAAUGGGAAUAUGACUGAUAUUGUAUGUCGCGAUAUAUCGAACUGCGCUGCUCUCAGUUUUGCCUUCCUGUAGUAUAGUAU